AUGAAUAGUCGAGAAAUAAGUUUAGAUGAGGAAGAUGAAGUGUUUAACGAUACGUCAUUGCUGGCAAAUUUUGAGAAUUCUGCUUUCAGAGAUGAAACAUUUGCCAAUGAACUUAGAGCUAGCUCCUAUAACACUAGCGCGUUGAACGUUAGUGCUUUAUGCUGCGAUGAAGAAAUAAGUGGAUAUGAUAAAUUGACAGGAAAGACAUGGAUUUACCCUACCAAUUAUCCUGUCAGAGAUUACCAAUUCAAUAUAAUCAAAGCCUCUAUUUUAAAGAAUACACUUGUAAGUCUACCAACAGGUCUUGGGAAAACAUUUAUAGCAGCUGUUAUUAUGUACAACUUUUACCGCUGGUAUCCCCUUGGCAAGAUAGUUUUUACUGCACCCACCAGACCUCUUGUUGCGCAACAGAUAGAUGCCUGCUAUAACAUUAUAGCCAUACCUCCAAAAGACACAAUUGAAAUGACUGGUCAUAUGCAAGUGAAUACAAGGAAGACACACUGGGAAACAAAAAGGGUAUUUUUUGCUACACCACAAGUUAUUUAUAAUGAUAUCAAAUCUGGCAUAUGUCCUGGCGACAAGAUACGAUGUUUGGUCAUUGAUGAGGCACAUAGAGCACGUGGGAACUAUGCCUACUGCCAGAUAGUAUCCACUUUGACCGAAAUGGGCCACAAAACUUACAGACUCUUAGCUCUAUCAGCCACUCCGGGUAGUAAGGUUGACGAUGUAAUUACGGUAGUGAAAAAUUUACACAUAGCUCAUUUGGAAUUACGUACAGAGAACUGUAUAGACGUUGCUCCAUACAGCCACUCACGAAAAAUUAACACUGUUAUAGUACAGUUGGGGCCAGAACUAACACAAUUACGGCUGCAGUAUGUUGAGAUAUUGGAUGAUUACGCUCGUAGAUUAAAACAAUUAAAUAUUCUUCCUCAAAACCUUGGCAACCUAUCUAAAGGACGCGUGGUCAUGUUGUAUAAAGAAUUUCAAUGUAAAGAAAGGGGUGCUCGUCACCCGCAACACAACGUCAUAAUGAAAGACUUCACACUAUUGAUAGCGCUGUUCCAUGGCUUGGAACUGCUUGUGAGGCACGGCUCCCGCGUGUUCCUCAACUUCUUCGACGAGCACCCGGAGAAGUCCUGGAUCCAAUCUGACAACAGGCUCGUGGGCUUGCUGGAGAGGCUGAGGGACGACCUUGGCGUUAACCCCUUGUCAUUGGAUCGGAGCAUAUUGCCCGAUGGAACUAUACCCGAGAUGCCCGAGAAUUUAAGUUUCGGUCACCCGAAAUUUUACAAGCUGAAGGAAAUAAUGCUGGAGCACUUUAAAAAGGCAAAGCAAUCUGGCCUAGAUACGAGGGCAAUCGUGUUCUGCGAGUAUCGCGAGAGCGUGAAUUUGGUGCAUUGCCUGUUGCUGCAGUGUCGGCCCCUCAUCGCGCCGCUCAUGUUCGUAGGACAGGGCGCCUCUGGCAAGGACGGCCGGACGGUGGUGUCGCAGAAGCAGCAGAUGCGUGUGAUGCGCAACUUCCGCGAGGGUCUGUGCAACACGCUGGUGGCGACCUGCGUCGCCGAGGAGGGGCUCGACGUCGGCUCAGUCGAUCUCAUACUCUGCUUCGACAUCUCAACGCGCUCGCCAAUCCGCCUAGUCCAAAGAUGCGGCCGCACUGGGAGAGAACGAGGCGGUCAAGUUUUUAUUCUAGUUACCGAAGGACGGGAACAUCAGACGCUAUUGGAUUGUAUGAGACAGAGGGACGGGCUUAACAGCAAAAUAUUACAAUCGCGGGAGGUUAGCAACAACCUUUAUAAAUCGAAUCCCAGGAUGGUGCCGCGCGACUUCAUGCCCGAAUGCCAGAAGAUGUACAUAACGGUUGCACAAAAAGCGGAACCUAAGAACAGGACUAGAGAGACAGCGGCCAGCACCAAAAAGGGUCAAAGAGACUUAAGGAAUAUGUUUAAACAAUCCACAAGUAAUCGUAGGAGCCACAGCGGUCAAAGCGAACAUCUAAUUACUGAGGAAGAAUUCAAGGAAAUAUUUCCAUCCGGAUAUCCGUACAUGGAACCCGAAGAUAAACCGUUAGAUUAUUGGUGUCGGAAUAAAGAUUCGAUUCACUCGCCCAUCCAAACAAGAGAAACGGACAAACUGUUGCCGUGGUUGGAGUGGCAGCGAACUUUGCAAAAUACCGCCAAAAUCGGCCACUCUAAAGAUUCCGAGGUUCUAACGGAGCUUUUACAGUAUUGUGACGCCAAAAGAUUCGAGCUGCCCCCGUCGACACAAAAUCCAGCCUUCUUGAGCCAAGAUUUGAGGACGCAAAACGUUGCGCUGACCCCAAAGAAGGGUAAAAACCCCAAGAAGAAACAGAAGAGUACUUUUAAAUCACCGUCUAAGAAGGACGGCGAUAUCAGGGCACUGUUCAGCACCGCAACUAAAUCCACUAAGAGCUACACGAAGCUGCUGAACGAUUUGGGAGUUCAAAACGAAGAAAACACGGUAAAGAAAGAUGUCGACUAUGACAGAAAACUACAGGAAGAGAAUUUCGAUAUCGGUGAUAUCGAAGAUAUAUUCGAGAGCAGUCCAGAAUUAGUCGAUAAAGAAAAAGAAAAACAGAUCGUAGAUAAAAAUUCUAGUAAUCCCAAAGAAACCUUGGAAUUCUUUGGGUUGGAUAGCAUUGACGAUAUAUUUGCGGAUUACGAUGAAAAUAGUAGUGAUAAAUCUAAGGACCACAUAAAUGCUAUAGAAAAAGUGGAUAAUACUAAUAAUGUCCCAAUACUACAACCAUUGAGCCCUUCUAUUUUAACCGGAAAGCCGAGGUUAGAAAUGGAACCGACGUCACCAAUACUUUGUAGUCAAGUCCGCAAACGCCAAUUAAGCACUAGCAAGGCACAACCACGCGACUAUCCGUCUGUUAAUGCUAAAAGACAAGUAAAUUUUAGUGACAGUGAUGAUGAUUUUGUCAAUGAAAUGGAUAGUUCUAGGAAUGAAUCUCAGCUUAACGCAAGCAUGAGCGAUCGUAUGAACAAACAUAAAGUUCGUAAAAAGAAAAAAAGGAAGAAUGACUUCUUAGACGAGGAAGCAGAACUCUCCGAUGAUGGCGGGGUUGAUAGUGGAGAUGAAUUAACGGAUGAAAGCCUUGGAAGUAUUAUAGAAUUUAUUUGUGAUGAUAAUGAUAAUGUCACACACACCGAGGCAGACAUGCAUGCACAUUAUCUUAGAUCAGUGAGGAGUCCAGUGAAAGGUGUCUUUAAAAUACCUCAGUUACCAAAGACACAUAAUAAUGUUGAAGUUUUUUCCCAAUUUGUGGAGGAAGAUAGUUAUGAAAUGGACAGUUUUUGUGUAGACUCACACAUCGGAUUAACACAAGUAAAUGAAGACUCUGAGCUUGAUUUGGCAGAACAACUUUUAGAAGUUAAGAAACGGAAGAAAAGAAAAAAAGUAGUCAGUUCAGGUAUAAAUGUACAGGAGAGUGGGGAUAGUCCUGUUGUUAGAAAAAGAAAUAAAAAUGUUAGAAGACAAAUAAAUAGUGAUUCAGAGGAAAGCAGC